UCCUAAGUGUUAACCCUAACCAGUAAAUUACUGUUAAAAUUGCGAAAGGAAUCCCGCAAGUCCAGCCUUCCCAAUUCGCACAUCUCCCUCAAUUCUCAAAAAAUCACUUAAUAUCGGUUGUUCCAGCUCUUGUGUCACUACUCCCAACAACCAUCACAGGCUAGUUACUGUUGCCCUAACCACAGCCGGUCACUGUUGCCCUAACCACAGCCGCGGUGAAUUCUUAGGGUUAAAUUUAGGGAUUUUUCUAUCUCUUCUCUAUAGUAUUUUUGAUGAUUUAGAUAUUACGGGUUUACUUCUAUUCAUCAGCUGUAGUUUGAUUCGUAAGAUCCAAUUUUGGGCUUCAUCACACUGUAAUAUUUCAGCGAACUUUGCCGUUAGCCGUGAAAGCGAAAAAUGCCGUCGAAGAACAGAAGAAAAACUUUCAACAAUCUUCAAUCUCAACUUUCAAACCCAGUGCAAAUUGUUCAUCAUCUUCAACCUCACAAUGAAAAUUGCUUGGAAGGAGACCUUCUUUCCCGUUUCCUUCAUCCCUUACAAAGGGAAAUCACAUUAGAUCUACAGUCCAAUAAAACCUUCCCUGAGAAGUUGUGGUUCAAGCAAAAUUUUUCCGUUGGGGUGAAUGAAGUAACGCGGUUGCUUGAGCGGAUGGCUCCAUCUAGUGAUAAUACCUUUAAUGCUAUCCAAGGAGGAUCCUCAAUUACUACUGUUAAUGAAAGUCGGAUCUGUCGUCCACGCUCUUCCCUCACCAAACUUCAGGUUGUGUUGGUAGCUUCAGACUGUAAUUCGAGAUGGCUCACUAAGCAUUUGCCAAGCUUGGCUGCUUCUCGAAAUGUACCACUUAUUUAUGUUAAAGACAAUAAAGAAGGUUCUCUGAGACUGGGUGAAGUUGUCAAAGUGAAAACAGUCAUUGCUCUUGGAGUUAAGGUUAAAGGAAGUAGCAUCAACAAAUAUCUCGAAGAAGCUCUUAGUCAGGAUAAGCUAUUGGUAAAUUGAGGCCUGGACUCCACAUAGUUGGCCAAUGGCCACUGUGUCUUGUCUAUGAUAUGCUGGUUAUAGUCAAUCUUAUUCUUUGCUGUAAGCAUCUAGGAGACCUUGGUCCGUCAUCGUCUCCAUAUGUCCCAAAUGGCUUCUCAGCUUAUCAUCUUGUGCCCCACGUAUUAGAUAGAUUGUAUAUUUCAUUGGCGCAAUCAGAUGACGCGAUUCAGUGACAGAUAAUGGACUUGCUGCAUAUUGUUGUUUUAACAACAGCUGCCUGGGGUAUGUGACAAAAAAAUAAAAUUUAUAUAUGUAAUCUUCUUUGUGUAUAACAAUAAUUUCCAUGAAGUUUUGUGUGCAAUACAUAUGUCGCUCAAAAGUCUGAUAAUUGAUUAAAAGUGAUUGCUAACUUUUUAUUUAUGAUUUUUCUCCAUAUUUAUUUAUGAGGUAAUAUUCACAAUGAGAUAUAAUAA